CUUCCUGCCGAACUCCAGUCAAGAUGGGGUUUGGUAGGGGGCUCCCAUUAUGGGCCCUAAUGCUUAUGAUCUGCUGUAUCCAACAAAAAGCUUCUGGCACAGAAAGUCCUGAACCAGUUACCAUCAUCCCACCACAGACAGUGGCACCUGUUAUAACUUCCUUCAAUCCAGCUCACAAUGGACGUGUAUGUAGCACAUGGGGCAACUUCUACUACAAGACGUUUGAUGGUGACAUCUAUCAUUUCCCUGGAGUCUGCAACUAUGUCUUUGCCUCCCACUGCAAUACCCCCUUUGAGGAUUUCAACAUCCAGAUCAGGCACAUUAGUGAGGAAAGGACUAUCCACCAGAUCACCAUAAUACUUGAUGGGGUGCACAUUGAAAUGGAAAUGGAUGGCAUUUCAGUUAACAAUGAAAGGGUUCAGCUGCCUUACAGUGGAUCUGGAUUUAGGAUUGAAACAGCUGGCAACUACAUGAUGAUGUCUGCCAAGAUCCUACAAUUCAUGUGGAAUAAAAAAGACAACAUAAUGCUGGAACUAGACCCAAAAUACGCCAAUCAGACCUGUGGACUUUGUGGGGAUUUUAAUGGCAUUCCAACUUACAAUGAAUUCUAUUCAAACAAUGCCAAGAUAACUCCAUUGCUGUUUGGGAAUAUGCAAAAGAUGAAUGGGCCAACAGAAGACUGUGAGGAUCCUACAUCAUCAUCCCUGAUAAACUGCGCCAAUGUUUCUACUAUUUGCCAGGAAAUACUGAUGGGCCCUGCAUUCUCAGAUUGUAAUGAUCUCGUGGGGGUGAAUGAAUACAUUGAGUCUUGUGGGCAGGACUUAUGCUUCUGUGACAAAAACACAACAUUCUCCUGUCUCUGUGACACUUUUGCUGAAUACUCCCGGCAAUGUGCUCAUGCUGGUGGGCACCCUCAGAACUGGAGAACCCCAGAUUUAUGCCCAAUGACAUGCCCCUUCAACAUGCAAUAUCAAGAAUGUGGAUCACCUUGUGCUGACACUUGCACCAACUCUGAAAGAUCGCAGCUCUGUGAAGAUCAUUGUUUGGAUGGCUGCUUCUGUCCUCCAGGAACAGUAUAUGAUGACAUCAACAACUCUGGCUGUGUCCCCAUUCAGGAGUGUUCCUGUAUUUACAAUGGCAAAGCCUAUGCUCCAGGAACAACUUAUUCAGACCACUGCCGAUCCUGUUCUUGUAGUGGAGGCCAGUGGAGCUGCACAGAGAUGCCAUGCCCAGGUAUUUGCUCAGUAGAAGGUGGAUCACACAUCUCCACUUAUGAUGAAAAACAUUAUAACGUGCAUGGAGACUGUAGUUAUGUUCUCUCUAAGGUCUGUGAUGAAGAAACAUUUACUGUUUUGGGAGAACUCCGAAAAUGUGGCCUAACAGACACUGAAACAUGUUUAAAGAUGGUAGCCCUCAGCAUCAAUGGAGGCCUAACUACUGUUGUGGUGAAACCUGGUGGUGCUGUGUUUGUUAACUGGAUCUACACUCAGCUUCCUAUCUCAGCAGCUAAUGUAACCAUCUUCAGACCUUCAUCCUCCUUCAUUCUCAUGGAAACAAACUUUGGUCUUCAGUUGGAAAUCCAGCUCAUCCCCAUCAUGCAACUCUCUGUUCAUUUGGAUCCCUCUUUUAAAGGGAAGACCUGCGGCCUCUGUGGAAACUUUGACAGCCGUCAGAUAGAUGACUUCAGAGCCAUAAGUGGUGUGGUGGAAGGAACAGCACCUGCAUUUGCUAACACCUGGAAAACUCAGGCUAUAUGUCCCAACAUCAAACAGAAUUUUGAGGAUCCUUGCUCACUUAGUAUUGAAAAUGAAAAAUAUGCCCAUCACUGGUGUGGAUUGUUGACUGAUUCUGAAGGACCUUUUGGAAAAUGCCAUUCUUCACUGAAUCCAGCUACUUAUCAUGAGAACUGCAUGUUUGACACCUGCAACUGUGAGAGAAGUGAGGACUGCAUGUGUGCUGCUCUCUCUGCCUAUGUCAGAGCUUGUGCAGCCAAAGGAGUUGAACUUCCUGGAUGGAGGACCAAUGUCUGUGCCAAAUACAUGACGUGCCCCAAAUCCCUGGAUUACAGCUAUACCAUCAGUUCCUGUACACCUACCUGCAGGUCCCUGAGUGAACCUGAUGUUACCUGCCAAAUCGAAUUUGUCCCAGUUGAUGGAUGUACAUGUACAAAUGGAACCUACAUGAAUGACGAUGGAAAAUGUGUGCCUGCCAACCAAUGUCCCUGUUAUUACAGAGGAACGGCUGUACUCCCCGGUGAAGUUCUUCAUGAUACUGGCGCUGUCUGCACUUGUGCUCAAGGGAAGCUGAACUGUAUUGGAGAUGGGGACUUGAAGCCAGUCUGUAUUGCUCCCAUGGUCUACUUUGACUGCAAAAAUGCCACCACAGGCAACACGGGAGCUGAAUGUCAGAAGAGCUGUCAGACUCUAGAUAUGCAGUGUUACAGCACACAGUGUAUGUCUGGCUGUAUGUGCCCCACUGGGCUAGUGUCAGAUGGCAAAGGUAAAUGCAUUGCUAUGGAAGAGUGUCCAUGUAUUCAUAAUGAUGUCACAUAUAAUCCAGGAGAAAAGAUCAAAGUUGAUUGUAACACCUGUGUAUGCAAGGACAGAAUGUGGAAAUGCACCAAAGACAAAUGCCUAGGUACCUGUGCUGUUUAUGGAGAUGGGCAUUAUAUCACCUUUGAUGACAAGCGGUACAAUUUCAAUGGGAAGUGUGAAUACACUCUAGUUCAGGAUCACUGUGGACAGAACAACUUCACCCAGGGAACAUUCCGAAUCAUCACAGAAAACAUUCCUUGUGGCUCGACUGGGACCACUUGCUCAAAAUCUAUUAAAGUCUUCUUAGAAAACUAUGAACUGAUACUCAGUGAGGAGCAGUCUAAAGUAAUAACCAGAGGUGGUGGUGGAGAUGAGCUGCCAUACAGAAUCCGCUACAUGGGCAUCUAUUUGGUUAUUGAGACCAUCAAUAGGAUGAUCAUCUUAUGGGACAAGAAAACAAGCAUAUUUAUCAAAAUUAGUCCUGAUUUCAAGGGUCAAGUCUGCGGCUUAUGUGGGAACUAUGAUGGCAAUGGAAUUAAUGACUUUACAACUCGGAGUCAGUCUAUAGUAGGUGAUGUGCUAGAGUUUGGAAACAGUUGGAAGGUGUCUCCCACAUGUCCUGAUGCCAAAUGCAUAAAGGAUCCUUGCUCUAAGAAUCCUUACCGAAAAUCCUGGUCACAGAAACAGUGCAGUAUCAUCAACAGUAAAGUCUUCGCUGCCUGCCACUCUCAGGUUGAACCAACUAAAUACUAUGAAUCUUGUGUGACUGAUGCCUGUGCCUGUGACACUGGGGGAGAUUGUGAAUGUUUCUGCACAGCUGUGGCUGCCUAUGCUCAGGCAUGUAGUGAAUUUGGUGUGUGUGUAUCCUGGAGAACACCAUCAGUUUGUCCUAUGUUCUGUGACUAUUACAAUGCUGAAAGAGAAUGUGAUUGGCAUUACAAGCCCUGUGGAGCUCCAUGCAUGAAGACUUGUAGGAACCCCAGUGGCAGAUGCCUUUAUCAAUUACCUGGCUUGGAAGGCUGCUACCCACACUGUCCAGCAGAUAAGCCUUAUUUCAAUGAGGAGGAGAUGAAAUGUGUUGACCAGUGUGGCUGCUAUGAUGCUGAGGAUAACUAUUAUCCACUUGGAACACACUUCGACUUAAGAGACACAUGUCAAUCAUGUAUGUGUACCAGUGAAGGUAUAAUGUGCAACUAUGAUGGUCAAGCAUGCUAUUGCCAUUAUGAAGGAAAAGAAUAUAUCUACAAGGAAGUCAUUUACAACACCACAGAUGGCAUGGGUUGGUGCAUGACCGCAACUUGUGAUGUCAAUGGAACAAUCCACAGAGACACCUACAGAUGUGUAGGAACUACCACGCUACCACCAUUUACAUUUACUACCAUUCCAUCUACAAGCGGAGCAGAGUCAACUACACCAGCAACAACAACAUGUGUUCAUAAACAAUGUCAAUGGUCAGAAUGGUAUGAUGUCAGCUAUCCAAGGGCUGGAGAGAACAAUGGAGACUAUGAAACACCAGAUACGAUUAGAGCCAAAGGACACAAUAUAUGUAAAUUUCCGGAUGAAGUAGAAUGCAGAGCUGAACACUACACCAAUGUAAAAAUAGAAGAUCUUAAUCAAAAUAUACAGUGCACAAAAGACACUGGACUAAUAUGCAAUAACAAAGAUCAGAUGCCACCAAUCUGCUACAACUAUCAGAUAAAGUUUUUGUGCUGCAUCUAUACACCAUGUGAGAUAUCAUCACCAACAACACCUUAUGUCCCAAUUUCCACUACAUUACAAGUCACUAAACUUACUCCAGAGGGGACCAUGACUCAUGUUUCCAGCACCGUUGUCGGCACAACCACUAUUGUCACACCGGUCGGCACCACGACAUCCUCCAUGACUGAAUCCAUCUCCACUGUUUGCCAGCCUGAAUGUACCUGGACCGCUUGGUUUGAUGUGUCUGACCCAGAGAAUGGUGAAGGCGAUAUGGAGACCCCUGAGGAGAUCCGAAAAGCUGGGAAACAGUUAUGCGAUAAUCCUCAAAACAUCGAGUGCCGAGCACAACUCUACCAUAAUGUUCCGAUCUCUCAGCUUCAACAGAAAGUUCUGUGCAACAUCAAAGAUGGCCUGCAGUGUAGGGACAGGGAGCAGAUGGGGAAGAUGAAAAAGUGUUUGAACUACGAGGCCAGAUUCUACUGCUGUGAUUAUGCACACUGUCGAACAACAUCAACGCAAGGGACCAUGACGAUUGCUACUUCCACAAGCACGGAAGCCAGCACGCCCAGUACCACCCUAGGCCAGACAAGCGCUUCUCCUUCCUCCUCUGCCGGUUCCACGCCUGGUCCCACCUUGCGGCCAAGCACUCAAGGAACCACUGUGGCCACCACAAGCCCAGGAAAGGAAACAACCACAACCCUUUCAACUUCUCUUUCCACCGCCCAAGCCACAUCACCUGGCGCAGUCAGCACACCUUCAGUCACCUCUGCAACCGCUUCAACCGCAACUGCCACUUCCCUGCAGUCAACUCCUGUAUCCAAACCCACGGGAUCGAUACCGACAGAGGGGACCACGCCUCAAAUUUCCAGCACUGCCAUUGGCACAACCACUAUUGUCACACCGAUCGGCAGCACGACAUCCUCUGUCACUGAAGCCAUCUCCACAAUUUGCCAGCCUGAAUGUACCUGGACUGCUUGGUUUGAUGUGUCUGACCCAGAGAACGGUGAAGGCGAUAUGGAGACCCCGGAAGAGAUCCGAAAAGCUGGGAAACAGUUAUGCGAUAAUCCUCAAAACAUCGAGUGCCGAGCACAACUCUACCAUGACGUUCCGAUCUCUCAGCUUCAACAGAAAGUUCUGUGCAACAUCAAAGAUGGCCUGCAGUGUAGGGACAGGGAGCAGAUGGGGAAGAUGAAAAAGUGUUUGAACUACGAGGCCAGAUUCUACUGCUGUGAUUAUGCACACUGUCGAACAACAUCAACGCAAGGGACCAUGACGAUUGCUACUUCCUCAAGCACGGAAGCCAGCACGCCCAGUACCACCCUAGGCCAGACAAGCGCUUCUCCUUCCUCCUCUGCCGGUUCCACAACUGGUCCCACCUUGCGGCCAAGCACGCCAGGAACCACUUUGGUUGCCACAAGCCCAGGAAAGGAAACGACCACAACCCUUUCAACUUCGCUUUCCACCGCCCAACCCACAUCACCCGGUGCGGUCAGCACACCUUCAGUCACCUCUGCAACCGCUUCAACCGCAACUGCCACUUCCCUGCAGUCAACUCCUGUAUCCAAACCUACGGGAUCGAUACCGACAGAGGGGACCACGCCUCAAGUUUCCAGCACAGCCGUUGGCACAACCACUGUUGUCACACCGAUCGGCAGCACGACAUCCUCUGUCACUGAAGCCAUCUCCACAAUUUGCCAGCCUGAAUGUACCUGGACUGCUUGGUUUGAUGUGUCUGACCCAGAGAACGGUGAAGGCGAUAUGGAGACCCCGGAAGAGAUCCGAAAAGCUGGGAAACAGUUAUGCGAUAAUCCUCAAAACAUCGAGUGCCGAGCACAACUCUACCAUGACGUUCCGAUCUCUCAGCUUCAACAGAAAGUUCUGUGCAACAUCAAAGAUGGCCUGCAGUGCAGGGACUGGGAGCAGAUGGGGAAGAUGAAAAAGUGUUUGAACUACGAGGCCAGAUUCUAUUGCUGUGAUUAUGCACACUGUCGAACAACAUCAACGCAAGGGACCAUGACGACUGCCACUUCCACAAGCACGGAAGCCAGCACGCACGGUACCACCCUAGGCCAGACAAGCGCUUCUCCUUCCUCCUCUGCCGGUUCCACAACUGGUCCCACCUUGCGGCCAAGCACGCCAGGAACCACUUUGGUUGCCACAAGCCCAGGAAAGGAAACGACCACAACCCUUUCAACUUCGCUUUCCACCGCCCAACCCACAUCACCCGGCGCGGUCAGCACACCUUCAGUCACCUCUGCAACCGCUUCAACCGCAACUGCCACUUCCCUGCAGUCAACUCCUGUAUCCAAACCCACGGGAUCGAUACCGACAGAGGGGACCACGCCUCAAAUUUCCAGCACUGCCAUUGGCACAACCACUAUUGUCACACCGAUCGGCAGCACGACAUCCUCUGUCACUGAAGCCAUCUCCACAAUUUGCCAGCCUGAAUGUACCUGGACUGCUUGGUUUGAUGUGUCUGACCCAGAGAACGGUGAAGGCGAUAUGGAGACCCCGGAAGAGAUCCGAAAAGCUGGGAAACAGUUAUGCGAUAAUCCUCAAAACAUCGAGUGCCGAGCACAACUCUACCAUGACGUUCCGAUCUCUCAGCUUCAACAGAAAGUUCUGUGCAACAUCAAAGAUGGCCUGCAGUGUAGGGACAGGGAGCAGAUGGGGAAGAUGAAAAAGUGUUUGAACUACGAGGCCAGAUUCUACUGCUGUGAUUAUGCACACUGUCGAACAACAUCAACGCAAGGGACCAUGACGAUUGCUACUUCCUCAAGCACGGAAGCCAGCACGCCCAGUACCACCCUAGGCCAGACAAGCGCUUCUCCUUCCUCCUCUGCCGGUUCCACAACUGGUCCCACCUUGCGGCCAAGCACGCCAGGAACCACUUUGGUUGCCACAAGCCCAGGAAAGGAAACGACCACAACCCUUUCAACUUCGCUUUCCACCACCCAACCCACAUCACCCGGUGUGGUCAGCACACCUUCAGUCACCUCUGCAACCGCUUCAACCGCAACUGCCACUUCCCUGCAGUCAACUCCUGUAUCCAAACCUACGGAAUCGAUACCGACAGAGGGGACCACGCCUCAAGUUUCCAGCACAGCCGUUGGCACAACCACUGUUGUCACACCGAUCGGCAGCACGACAUCCUCUGUCACUGAAGCCAUCUCCACAAUUUGCCAGCCUGAAUGUACCUGGACUGCUUGGUUUGAUGUGUCUGACCCAGAGAACGGUGAAGGCGAUAUGGAGACCCCGGAAGAGAUCCGAAAAGCUGGGAAACAGUUAUGCGAUAAUCCUCAAAACAUCGAGUGCCGAGCACAACUCUACCAUGACGUUCCGAUCUCUCAGCUUCAACAGAAAGUUCUGUGCAACAUCAAAGAUGGCCUGCAGUGCAGGGACUGGGAGCAGAUGGGGAAGAUGAAAAAGUGUUUGAACUACGAGGCCAGAUUCUAUUGCUGUGAUUAUGCACACUGUCGAACAACAUCAACGCAAGGGACCAUGACGACUGCCACUUCCACAAGCACGGAAGCCAGCACGCACGGUACCACCCUAGGCCAGACAAGCGCUUCUCCUUCCUCCUCUGCCGGUUCCACAACUGGUCCCACCUUGCGGCCAAGCACGCCAGGAACCACUUUGGUUGCCACAAGCCCAGGAAAGGAAACGACCACAACCCUUUCAACUUCGCUUUCCACCGCCCAACCCACAUCACCCGGCGCGGUCAGCACACCUUCAGUCACCUCUGCAACCGCUUCAACCGCAACUGCCACUUCCCUGCAGUCAACUCCUGUAUCCAAACCCACGGGAUCGAUACCGACAGAGGGGACCACGCCUCAAAUUUCCAGCACUGCCGUUGGCACAACCACUAUUGUCACACCGAUCGGCAGCACGACAUCCUCUGUCACUGAAGCCAUCUCCACAAUUUGCCAGCCUGAAUGUACCUGGACCGUUUGGUUUGAUGUGUCUGACCCAGAGAACGGUGAAGGCGAUAUGGAGACCCCGGAAGAGAUCCGAAAAGCUGGGAAACAGUUAUGCGAUAAUCCUCAAAACAUCGAGUGCCGAGCACAACUCUACCAUGACGUUCCGAUCUCUCAGCUUCAACAGAAAGUUCUGUGCAACAUCAAAGAUGGCCUGCAGUGUAGGGACAGGGAGCAGAUGGGGAAGAUGAAAAAGUGUUUGAACUACGAGGCCAGAUUCUACUGCUGUGAUUAUGCACACUGUCGAACAACAUCAACGCAAGGGACCAUGACGAUUGCUACUUCCUCAAGCACGGAAGCCAGCACGCCCGGUACCACCCUAGGCCAGACAAGCGCUUCUCCUUCCUCCUCUGCCGGUUCCACGCCUGGUCCCACCUUGCGGCCAAGCACUCAAGGAACCACUGUGGCCACCACAAGCCCAGGAAAGGAAACGACCACAACCCUUUCAACUUCUCUUUCCACCGCCCAAGCCACAUCACCUGGCGCAGUCAGCACACCUUCAGUCACCUCUGCAACCGCUUCAACCGCAACUGCCACUUCCCUGCAGUCAACUCCUGUAUCCAAACCUACGGGAUCGAUACCGACAGAGGGGACCACGCCUCAAGUUUCCAGCACAGCCGUUGGCACAACCACUGUUGUCACACCGAUCGGCAGCACGACAUCCUCUGUCACUGAAGCCAUCUCCACAAUUUGCCAGCCUGAAUGUACCUGGACCGCUUGGUUUGAUGUGUCUGACCCAGAGAACGGUGAAGGCGAUAUGGAGACCCCGGAAGAGAUCCGAAAAGCUGGGAAACAGUUAUGCGAUAAUCCUCAAAACAUCGAGUGCCGAGCACAACUCUACCAUGACGUUCCGAUCUCUCAGCUUCAACAGAAAGUUCUGUGCAACAUCAAAGAUGGCCUGCAGUGUAGGGACAGGGAGCAGAUGGGGAAGAUGAAAAAGUGUUUGAACUACGAGGCCAGAUUCUACUGCUGUGAUUAUGCACACUGUCGAACAACAUCAACGCAAGGGACCAUGACGAUUGCUACUUCCUCAAGCACGGAAGCCAGCACGCACGGUACCACCCUAGGCCAGACAAGCGCUUCUCCUUCCUCCUCUGCCGGUUCCACGCCUGGUCCCACCUUGCGGCCAAGCACUCAAGGAACCACUGUGGCCACCACAAGCCCAGGAAAGGAAACGACCACAACCCUUUCAACUUCUCUUUCCACCGCCCAAGCCACAUCACCUGGCGCAGUCAGCACACCUUCAGUCACCUCUGCAACCGCUUCAACCGCAACUGCCACUUCCCUGCAGUCAACUCCUGUAUCCAAACCCACGGGAUCGAUACCGACAGAGGGGACCACGCCUCAAAUUUCCAGCACUGCCAUUGGCACAACCACUAUUAUCACACCGAUCGGCAGCACGACAUCCUCUGUCACUGAAGCCAUCUCCACAAUUUGCCAGCCUGAAUGUACCUGGACUGCUUGGUUUGAUGUGUCUGACCCAGAGAACGGUGAAGGCGAUAUGGAGACCCCGGAAGAGAUCCGAAAAGCUGGGAAACAGUUAUGCGAUAAUCCUCAAAACAUCGAGUGCCGAGCACAACUCUACCAUGAUGUUCCGAUCUCUCAGCUUCAACAGAAAGUUCUGUGCAACAUCAAAGAUGGCCUGCAGUGUAGGGACAGGGAGCAGAUGGGGAAGAUGAAAAAGUGUUUGAACUACGAGGCCAGAUUCUACUGCUGUGAUUAUGCACACUGUCGAACAACAUCAACGCAAGGGACCAUGACGAUUGCUACUUCCUCAAGCACGGAAGCCAGCACGCCCAGUACCACCCUAGGCCAGACAAGCGCUUCUCCUUCCUCCUCUUCCGGUUCCACGCCUGGUCCCACCUUGCGGCCAAGCACUCAAGGAACCACUGUGGCCACCACAAGCCCAGGAAAGGAAACGACCACAACCCUUUCAACUUCUCUUUCCACCGCCCAAGCCACAUCACCUGGCGCAGUCAGCACACCUUCAGUCACCUCUGCAACCGCUUCAACCGCAACUGCCACUUCCCUGCAGUCAACUCCUGUAUCCAAACCCACGGGAUCGAUACCGACAGAGGGGACCACGCCUCAAAUUUCCAGCACUGCCAUUGGCACAACCACUAUUAUCACACCGAUCGGCAGCACGACAUCCUCUGUCACUGAAGCCAUCUCCACAGUUUGCCAGCCUGAAUGUACAUGGACCGCUUGGUUUGAUGUGUCUGACCCAGAGAACGGUGAAGGCGAUAUGGAGACCCCGGAAGAGAUCCGAAAAGCUGGGAAACAGUUAUGCGAUAAUCCUCAAAACAUCGAGUGCCGAGCACAACUCUACCAUGAUGUUCCGAUCUCUCAGCUUCAACAGAAAGUUCUGUGCAACAUCAAAGAUGGCCUGCAGUGUAGGGACAGGGAGCAGAUGGGGAAGAUGAAAAAGUGUUUGAACUACGAGGCCAGAUUCUACUGCUGUGAUUAUGCACACUGUCGAACAACAUCAACGCAAGGGACCAUGACGAUUGCUACUUCCUCAAGCACGGAAGCCAGCACGCCCAGUACCACCCUAGGCCAGACAAGCGCUUCUCCUUCCUCCUCUGCCGGUUCCACGCCUGGUCCCACCUUGCGGCCAAGCACUCAAGGAACCACUGUGGCCACCACAAGCCCAGGAAAGGAAACGACCACAACCCUUUCAACUUCGCUUUCCAACGCCCAACCCACAUCACCCGGCGCGGUCAGCACACCUUCAGUCACCUCUGCAACCGCUUCAACCGCAACUGCCACUUCCCUGCAGUCAACUCCUGUAUCCAAACCCACGGGAUCGAUACCGACAGAGGGGACCACGCCUCAAGUUUCCAGCACAGCCGUUGGCACAACCACUGUUGUCACACCGAUCGGCAGCACGACAUCCUCUGUCACUGAAGCCAUCUCCACAAUUUGCCAGCCUGAAUGUACCUGGACCGCUUGGUUUGAUGUGUCUGACCCAGAGAACGGUGAAGGCGAUAUGGAGACCCCGGAAGAGAUCCGAAAAGCUGGGAAACAGUUAUGCGAUAAUCCUCAAAACAUCGAGUGCCGAGCACAACUCUACCGUGACGUUCCGAUCUCUCAACUUCAACAGAAACUUUUGUGCAACAUCAAAGAUGGCCUGCAGUGCAGGGACUGGGAGCAGAUGGGGAAGAUGAAAAAGUGUUUGAACUAUGAGGCCAGAUUCUACUGCUGUGAUUAUGCACACUGUCGAACAACAUCAACGCAAGGGACCAUGACGAUUGCCACUUCCACAAGCACGGAAGCCAGCACGCCCGGUACCACCCUAGGCCAGACAAGCGCUUCUCCUUCCUCCUCUGCCGGUUCCACACCUGGUCCCACCUUGCGGCCAAGCACUCAAGGAACCACUGUGGCCACCACAAGCCCAGGAAAGGAAACGACCACAACCCUUUCAACUUCUCUUUCCACCGCCCAAGCCACAUCACCUGGCGCAGUCAGCACACCUUCAGUCACCUCUGCAACCGCUUCAACCGCAACUGCCACUUCCCUGCAGUCAACUCCUGUAUCCAAACCCACGGGAUCGAUACCGACAGAGGGGACCACGCCUCAAGUUUCCAGCACCACUAUUGUCACACCGAUCGGCAGCACGACAUCCUCUGUCACUGAAGCCAUCUCCACAGUUUGCCAGCCUGAAUGUACCUGGACCGCUUGGUUUGAUGUGUCUGACCCAGAGAACGGUGAAGGCGAUAUGGAGACCCCGGAAGAGAUCCGAAAAGCUGGGAAACAGUUAUGCGAUAAUCCUCAAGACAUCGAGUGCCGAGCACAACUCUACCAUGACGUUCCGAUCUCUCAACUUCAACAGAAAGUUUUGUGCAACAUCAAAGAUGGCCUGCAGUGCAGGGACAGGGAGCAGAUGGGGAAGAUGAAAAAGUGUUUGAACUAUGAGGCCAGAUUCUACUGCUGUGAUUAUGCACACUGUCAAACAACAUCAACGCAAGGGACCAUGACGAUUGCCACUUCCUCAAGCACGGAAGCCAGCACGCAUGGUACCACCCUAGGCCAGACAAGCUCUUCUCCUUCCUCCUCUGCCGGUUCCACGCCUGGUCCCACCUUGCGGCCAAGCACUACAGGAACCACUUUGGUUGCCACAAGCCCAGGAAAGGAAACGACCACAACCCUUUCAACUUCGCUUUCCACCGCCCAAGCUACAUCACCCGGCGCGGUCAGCACACCUUCAGUCACCUCUGCAACCGCUUCAACCGCAACUGCCACUUCCCUGCAGUCAACUCCUGUAUCCAAACCCACGGGAUCGAUACCGACAGAGGGGACCACGCCUCAAGUUUCCAGCACUGCCGUUGGCACAACCACUAUUGUCACACCGAUCGGCAGCACGACAUCCUCUGUCACUGAAGCCAUCUCCACAGUUUGCCACCCUGAAUGUACCUGGACUGCUUGGUUUGAUGUGUCUGACCCAGAGAAUGGUGAAGGCGAUAUGGAGACCCCUGAAGAGAUCCGAAAAGCUGGGAAACAGUUAUGCGAUAAUCCUCAAAACAUCGAGUGCCGAGCACAACUCUACCAUGACGUUCCGAUCUCUCAUCUUCAACAGAAAGUUUUGUGCAACAUCAAAGAUGGCCUGCAGUGCAGGGACUGGGAGCAGAUGGGGAAGAUGAAAAAGUGUUUGAACUACGAGGCCAGAUUCUACUGCUGUGAUUAUGCACACUGUCGAACAACAUCAACGCAAGGGACCAUGACAAUUGCCACUUCCACAAGCACAGAAGCCAGCACGCCCGGUACCACCCUAGGCCAGACAAGCGCUUCUCCUUCCUCCUCUGCAGGUUCCACGCCUGGUCCCACCUUGCAGCCAAGCACUCAAGGAACCACUGUGGCCACCACAAGCCCAGCCUCAGCAACAAAAACUGCAACUGCUAGUUCUACACUCACUUCAAGCAGAAUAACUCCAUGUUUCUGCCAUGUGUCUGGGGCUGCUGGUGGUUUAUUUUCUCCUGGGGAAGUAAUAUAUAACAAAACUGAUAGUUCUGGAUGUCGUUUUUAUGCCAUUUGUGACAACAAUUGUGAAGUCAAGAGAUCCCAGGAACCAUGUCCUUCAACAACUCCUUCCCAUCCACCAACUCCAUCAGUUACAACUGUAGGAACAUCAUCUAUUCCAUCAGCCCCCACACCCACAAUUUUAAUACCAUCAACUAUAGAACGCACCUCUUUGGCUCCAUCAACUGGACCAGUAGUAAAACCAACAACACCUGUACAAGAUUGCCCUAAUGUUGAUCCACCUAGAAAGAUAAAUGAAACUUGGAUGCUUAACAAUUGCAGUAUGGCAACUUGUGAAGGAAACAAUAGAAUUGUUGUUGUGCUUCCCCCACCUGUAGACAAGAUAACAUGUGUAAAUAGGCUCCCACCAGUAAAAAUAAAUCAUGAUGAUGGCUGUACCUACCACUAUGACUGCACAUGUGUUUGCAGUGGUUGGGACAAUUCACACUAUGAGACUUUUGAUGGUACUGAUUACACUUUCCAUGAUAAUUGCACCUAUGUCCUGGUGCAAGAGAUUGUGAAGAAACAUGGAAAUUUCAGUGUGUUGGUGGACAACUAUUACUGUGAUCCAGCUAAUAAUCAGUCAUGUUCCAGAUCCAUUAUUAUACACUACAACCAUGUAGAAGUAGUACUAAGCAGCCAAAUGUACAAUGGAAUGAGAACCAAUAAGGUUAUUUUCAACAAAGAGACAGUCCAUGCAAGUUUCUCCAAGGAUGGCAUUAUAGUUGCUGAUACUGGAACUAGUAUGAGUGUUGAAAUCCUUGAAAUCCAUGCUUUCAUUAACUUCAAUGGAUUCACUUUCUCAAUAAAAGUACCAUUUGACCUGUUUGCAUUCAAUACAGAAGGCCAAUGUGGUACUUGUUCAAAUGACCGGUCAGAUGAUUGCCGCCUGCCCAAUGGUCACAAAGCUUCCUCCUGCUCAGAAAUGGCUCCUCACUGGAAGGUUAAUGAUAGCUGUGUAAAACCAACUCCAACACCAGAACCCACUGGAGCAACACCUACCCCAUCAGAAAUAACCUGCACUACUCCAUCUCCCCUGUGUGAGCUGAUUGUGAGCGAUAUCUUUGCAGAUUGCCAUAAAGUUCUUCCUCCCAAAGUAUUUUAUGACCACUGCCUCUCUGAAGCAUGUCAGAAUGCCAAUGAUUCCCUCACUUGUUACAGCAUAGAGAUGUAUGCUUCCCUCUGUAUAGAUAAAGGUUUUUGUAGUGACUGGAGGAGCAAGACAAAAGGAAAAUGUCCCUACCAUUGCCCCAAAGGCAAGGUGUAUGAAGCAUGUGGUCCUGUUUAUCCUGCUACCUGUGAUAAUAGAAAAGCUAAUGAUAUUACUGAGCAUGUUGCUGAAGGAUGCUUCUGCCCUGCGGACCAAAUCCUGGUUAAUUCAUACUCUGACACCUGUGUUCCAGAUUGCAAUUUCUGCAUUGGACCAGAGGGACUUCCCAAAAUGCCUGGUACCAAAUGGAAGAGCAAUUGUGAAGAAUGUAUCUGCCACCAAUUGUCUGUGACUGUACAGUGUAAGCGACAGCCAUGUCCAACACCAGUAAUGCCUGCUUGUGAGAAAGAAGGAUUCAUGCCUGUCUCUGUGUUGACCCCAGAAGAUCCAUGCUGUUCAGAAAUUCAGUGCCUAUGCAAUGUUAGUGCCUGCUCCAACGACAAGAAGUCAUGUGAAGCUGGAUACCGUUUAGCCUCAGUGCUUUUUGAAGGAGACUGCUGUGUUACCUUCUUGUGUGAACCAAUACCAGAUAUCUGUUUGGUCAAUGGAACAGUAUAUACACCUGGAGUAUCCAUUCCAAGUGAAAAUUGUGAAGCAUGUGUCUGUGGUAAUGAAACAGACCCAAGCUCCAAGAGAAAUCUUGUGGAGUGUGAGCCAAUUCCAUGUGAUACUGCAUGCUCAGUGGGUUAUGAGUACCAGGUAAAGACUGGAGAGUGCUGUGGAACAUGUGUCCAGGUGACUUGUACCAUCAACAUUAAUGGCACCACUCAGAUGCUCAAGCCUGGUGAUGUUUGGCAACCAGAAGGCAAUAAUUGCAGCCAGUAUGAAUGCGAGAAAGAGGACAAUGAAUUAGUUUUGGUCAAUACUAGAAGGACAUGCCCCAUCUUUGACCCACAGGAGUGUGGUCCUGAUGAAACUGAGCUGACUCCUGAUGGCUGCUGUAAAAUAUGCAAGCCCCAAACAGAUUGUAAAGUUCAAAGGAACCAAAUUCUUAUCCGUCAAAAUGAAUGUGUAUCUUCUGAACUAGUAGAACUCACCUACUGUGAAGGCACUUGUCCAAGUUCUUCAAUGUAUUCUACUGAGGCAAGGGCAAUGCAGCACAAGUGUACCUGCUGCCAGGAACUCAAGAGCCAUAAGAAAGAGGUGUCUUUGACUUGUCAGGAUGGCAGAACUAUCAAUUACGACUAUAUCUACGUGGAUGAGUGCCAAUGCAUGACUGCUUGCAUCCCAGAAACCACAACCCGACAUUAACAAAGGAAAGAGAAGACAACUCUAUCCUGUGAUAAAGAACCUAAUGCAAACCAAAGCAGCUACACACGACAUAGGGGAUACAACUUAUACAUCUGCUUACAUUUGUCUGUGUUUCUUUAACUUUCAAUUGUUUUUCAUUCAAAACAGAGAUCCAGGAUUUCCACAAUAAUUAAAUUUUCAUUUAAAAAUUCUCAAAACAAUAUUACUUCAUAAUUGGGAUAAUUGGUACAUUCUCAGCCCUCAUUCACCGGUGUAAAGUUCUUGACAUGUCUAAUAAUGUCUUCUGCUUCUCCUUUCUGAAUUUUUGAGACCACUUUUUUAAAAAGUGAAUUUGCCUUUAAUUAUCCAAUGGUAUUUAAUAUCUCCUGCUUUGCCCUUGGAACAAUCAAUAGCAGCUUUGUUUAACCAAAUUCAUAUCUCUUUACUGUACAAGAAUUUACAAGCACCCUAGUUUGAUGUUCACAAAAUUAAUGUAUUCAUAGGAUCCUUAAAAAGUCAAUAAUGAUAUGUAACUAUUUUUAUUUAUAAAAUAGAACUCAGAUUUUUUUAGUGCUUUACUGUUGCUAUGGCUAUAUAUUAUCAAGCAAUGUUCAGUAUAGUGCCUACAGACCACUAACUGGCAAAAUAAAAUUGCUUCCCGUUUCUUCUUGACAA